AUGGUGAAACUGACGCUCUUGGCGCGCGCGAACGAUGGAUUACCGCUCGCGGAAUCGCUCGACGCCUCGACGUCGAACGGUGACGUCGAGUCGCGCGCGCUCGAGACGUGCAAGCGACAGGCGAAGGCGCUGUUUAAAAAGCUGGGCGAACCCGCGCCGAAUCCGCCGCCGUCGCGGAUGACGAUCGAGACGGGCGAACACUUGAUGCACUACGUCGUCGACGACGGCGUGUGCUACCUGUGCGUGUGCGACCGAACGUACCCGAAAAAGUUGGCGUAUCAGUACCUGGAGGAGCUGCAACAGGAGUUUGCGAGACAAAAUGGACGGGAAGUCGACGCGGUGGCGCGACCGUACGCGUUCAUAAAGUUUGAUACCUUCAUACAGAGGACCAAGGCGCUGUACAGCGACGCGCGCACGCAGAGGAAUUUAAACAAGUUGAACACGGAUUUGGCGGAUAUACAACAAAUCAUGACGAGGAAUAUCAACGAUAUCAUGGCCCAGGGCGAGGGUUUGGAUCGAGUGAGCGCGAUGAGCGGGAAUUUGAGCGCGGCGAGCAAAAAGUAUAGCAAAAGGGCGAGGGAUUUGAGUAGACAGGCGCUGAUUCAAAAGUACAUGCCGCUCGCGAUAUUCGUAGGCGUAGUAUUUUUGACGCUCUUGUUGCGCUUCUACGUCUUCUCGUACUGA